GGUCUUUGAACUAAUGGAGUAUGUUCUCCAUUUCUCCUUUUACCCGACUCCUCAGACGCACCCAAACUCGCUAUCAAAAACUCACCAAGACAUUCUCUACGGUAAACAAUACUUCUGUGAUUCUUCCGAAUCUAAAGCCCCUCAACUCCCAGAUCACGUACUGCAUGAGAAAUGGCCUUGUCGAGGAAGCCCAAGAGUUGUUCGACAAAAUUCCUCAAAGAAACACUGUCACAUGGAAUGCUAUGAUUCGAGGCUUCUUCCAAAAUGGGAAAUCCAAAAAUGCGCUCUCUCUCUAUAAUCAGAUGCCCGAGCGUGAUGUCUUUACUUUCAAUACGGUGAUUUCAGGGUUGAUGCGAUGUGGUGAUGUGGGUGGUGCUAGGGAAGUUUUUGAUAGGGUACCAGUUAGAGACGUUGUGACUUGGAACUCUAUGGUUGCCGGGUAUUUCGACAAUGGUUUGAUUGCUGAGGCGCUGAGGAUGUUUGAUGUUAUGCCAAUGAAAGAUGUGAUAUCAUGGAACUUGGUCAUCGGUGGGCUUGCAAAAAGGCUACAACUUGAUUUGGCUGAGGAGUAUUUUAGGCUAAUGGAUGUUCGCGAUGUUGUUUCUUGGACAAUUAUUUUGUCAGGCCUAGCGAGUGCAGGACGUAUUGACGAAGCUUGUCAGUUAUUUGAGCACAUGCCCAUAAAAGAUAUUCGAGCUUGGAAUACCUUGAUGGGUGGGUGUAUAGAAAACGGGUGCAUUGACAUCGCAGAAGAUUUGUUUCGAAGAAUUCCAGAGCCAGAUUUGGAUUCCUGGAAACAAUUUAUUAGUGGGUUAGUAAGUUGUGGAAGAAUAAAUGAUGCUCUAAGUUUCUUCAUGGAAAUGCCCAUCAAAUGUCAGAAAAUAUAUAACUUGGUCUUGUUGGGAAUCAUAAGAAAUGGCCUUGUGAAGGAUGCUCAUGCCUUUCUUGAGAAAAGCGCAUGUAGUGAUGUUAUAUCGCAAACAAACAUCAUAGUUGGAUAUUUCGAAAUAGGAGAUGUUGAAACUGCUGUUAAGCUUUUUGAAUCAAUGCCAACACGAGAUGUAACUGUGUGGAAUGUUGUGAUUUUUGGAUUAGGAAGUAAUGAUGGUGGUGAGGAAGGUCUAAAAUAUUUUAUUAGAAUGAAAGAAUCAGGUCCUGCCCCAGACAAAGCUACAAUUACUAGUGUUCUGGCAAUCUGUUCCGAUUUGCCAACCCUAACUCUUGGAAAACAAACUCAUUCACAGGCUAUUAGAUUGGGUUUGGAUAAGUUCACGCCAGUUUCUAAUGCAGUGGUUAGCAUGUAUGCAAGAUGUGGGACCAUGGAUUUAGCUUUGCUGGAGUUUGUUUCCAUGACAGCCCAUGAUGUAAUCUCUUGGAAUUCUAUAAUAUGCGGAUUUGCUCACCAUGGAGAUGGUGAAAAGGCUCUAGAGAUGUUUGAACAGAUGAAAACAACAGACGUGAAGCCAAAUCAUAUAACAUUUAUUGGUGUUCUAUCCGCUUGUAGUCAUGCAGGACUGAUAGAUGAAGGGAGAUAUUACUUUGAUUAUAUGAGAAACAAAUGCUUUCUUCAGCCAAAGAGUGAGCACUAUACUUGUCUUGUUGAUUUGAUGGGUAGAUUUGGACUCAUAAAUGAGGCGAUGAUUUUCUUAAAACAAAUGAUAACAGAUGGAAUUGAAGUUCCCGCAAGCAUUUGGGGAGCUUUGCUUGGAGCCUGUAGAAUCCAUAAGAACUUUGAGGUGGGAGAGAUUGCUGGCAAGAGGGUUUUAGAAACAGAGCCUUAUAAUUCCGGUGUGUACAUAAUUUUGGCUGAAAUGCAUCUGAGCAGGGGAAGAAAGGAAGAUGCUGAGAGGAUUUUGGCUCUAAUGAAAGAAAAAGGAGUCAAGAAGCAACCAGGGUGUAGUUGGGUUCAGGUAAACAGCAAUGAGCACGUAUUCCUUUCAGGAGAUAGUCUACACCCUGAAUAUGGUAGAAUUCGUGGCAUGUUGGACUUCAUGUACAUGGAUAUGGAGGACAAAAUCCGAAAAUGAAACCCUCCUGAUUCUGAGCAAUUACAACUUAUUUAAAUUGUGCGUAGUCUUGGAACAGCUUCCGUUAUGGAAUGGAAUGAUUGUGGGAUUGUCAAUUUAAGGAUCUAUGAUGUCCGAAAUAGGACCAACAGGAGUGAAGAAUAAGGAACACCAAUCCCCAACAUCUUGCAAAUCCAUGAAAACCAGGUGCCAUUGUUCACAUCGUUGAGAUCGACCCCCCUUGUUAUAUUGGCUUUGAUUCAAGCAAUGGGGUUUCCAUCGUAUGCAGUUAUUACACCAUCAGGAGAGCGUGCCCACCCAAAGCUGAGUACCAUGGAUGAAGUACUGUGGAAGGGCAUCCAUGAGAUGUUUUACCUCUUUGAAUCAGAUGCUGAGAAGUUUGUCCUCGAAACCACUAAUCUAUACGAUAUGGUAUUCAUCGAUGCUUAUGAUGGUGAUGAUGUCUUCCCUUCCCUCACAAUUUAUGGGAUCCAAAUUCCACGUUCCUCAAAGCUCUCAGUGACCGUCUCUACAUCCUGGACAUGGAACUGUAGUGGUGAACCUUCAUUCGGAUUAUGUUGGCAAAGUGUGAAGAUCAUACAAAGAUGUUCUGUUGGGAAAUGGAAGCAAAGAAGGUUUUGGUGCGACAUUCACUGUUGUGGUUCCAUCGGUUUUAUAAUACAUCUCUUGUUGUAUGCAGGGGAUUCAGGAGGGGUAGUGGGUAUGGUAGUAAGGAUUUUGUUGCUAAUGCAGUGAUGUCAAAAUCCGUGGAAGUUGAACAUAUGUUAAACUUACCAUUCUCACGUUUGCAGUUUAUAAGAAGAAGUUUUGUCCUUGUUGAUUGAGGCCGACUGUUUCUCCUACACUUGCUUUGCCUGAGAAACGACAUUAGCUUAUAAAUGGGUCUUAUUGGAAGUCAUUGCUUGACCCUGCAGUUUCAAUUUCAAUCAGGGGCGUCGACUCUGUUAAUCACUGUGGAGUCCAAGUCUGUUUUUUUAAGACUGGACGACCCUGAUUGAAACUGCAGAGUAUCCGAGUGCAGGAGUUGUCCCUUGUUCAUGUACCUUAGCAAUUUAAUUUUGUUAUUAAUUCUAACAUUUAUUUUCGUUAAAUAAAUUUCGUGGUUUGAUCAA